CUCCGAUUCCACUUCCCCUCUCCAUUAGCGUCAUCUCAGACGCUGUUGACUGAAAUAGUCGCUCUUUUCUCUGCUUACUUUCAGCUCGGCCGCCGCCGUCUGUUUUGGCUUUGCUUUCCACUCUUUUGCGGGUGUUGAUUGCUCCCGUUCGCUCCCUGACGAUGCGUACUCAGCUCCUGGGCCUGCCGGCCCUUGCGACCCUGGCUGCGGCCGCCGUGCCAUUUUAUUCAGACUCGCAACUCGUCGAUCGCAGUGACACUUCCCGCGCGACCGCGAUCAAAGAGGCCUUUUCCCAUGCCUGGGACGGUUACUACGAACACGCCUUUCCCAACGACGAGCUACACCCGAUUUCCAACGGUUAUGGAAAUUCCCGAAACGGCUGGGGCGCGUCGGCCGUCGAUGCCCUGUCCACCGCUAUUAUUAUGAGGAACGCGACCAUCGUUGACCAAAUUAUCGAUCACAUCGGCACUAUCGAUUACUCCAAAACAGAUUCAGAAGUAAGCUUGUUCGAGACCACGAUCCGAUAUCUCGCCGGUAUGCUGUCCGGAUACGAUCUGCUCAAGGGGCCUGCGUCGGGCCUGGUGGAUGAGAGCAAAGUCGACGUGCUCCUCAAACAGUCGAAGAACCUCGCCGACGUACUCAAAUUCGCGUUCGACACCCCUUCCGGCGUUCCACAUAAUGUGAUUGAUAUAAUGACACAUGGGAAUGAUGGCAAUCCGGUCAACGGGCUGGCCGUGACUGGGACACUGGUGAUGGAGUGGACACGUCUGUCGGACUUGACGGGUGAUGAUGAGUAUGCUCGUCUAAGCCAGAAGGCCCAAGAUUAUCUCUUGCACCCGUCGCCGGAAGAGUACCAGCCAUUCCCUGGCCUGCUGGGCCACACUAUCAACAUCACAACUGGCGAGUUCGCUGAUGGCCAUGUUAGUUGGGGCGGUGGUCACGACUCUUACUACGAGUACUUGAUCAAGAUGUUCGUGUAUGACCCGAAACGCUUUAGCUUUUACCGCGACCGCUGGGUGGCCGCUGCCGAGUCGAGCAUGAAAUACUUGGCGUCGCACCCUUCGCCGCGCCAGGAUCUGGUAUACCUGGCCAAUUACAACGACCACCAGUUUAGUUUUGUCAGCGGGCAUCUGACAUGCUUUGAUGGUGGCAACUUUUUGCUUGGUGGAACUGUGCUAGACCGCAAGGACUUUACCGACUUUGGUCUUCAACUGGUAGAGUCAUGCCACGAGACCUACAGUGCGACCGUGACUGGAAUUGGACCCGAGUCUUUUAGCUGGGACCCCAGUCAUGUUCUCGGCUCGCAGCGGGACCUGUACGAGCAACACGGGUUCUACAUUACACAGGGAUCGUACAACCUGCGCCCGGAAGUGGUUGAGAGUUUCUACUAUGCCUGGCGCGUUACCGGCAACGAAGAGUACCGCGAAUGGGUGUGGAAUGCUUUCACUUCCAUCAACAAGUACUGCCGGACUGGCUCUGGAUUCGCCGGUCUGACAGAUGUGAACGCGGCCAAAGGCGGUAAUCAGGUCGACAACCAGGAGAGCUUCAUCUUUGCCGAGGUGCUCAAAUACAUCUAUCUGACAUUUGCGCCGGGUACGUACGCUUGUUGAAAUUCUCUGGCAAUCACUAACUUCAGCAGAGGACGAGUGGCAGGUGCAGCGGGGCAGCAAAAACACUUGGGUAUUCAACACCGAGGCCCAUCCGAUCAAGGUGUACAGAGGCGAGUAGUUAUAGAUGCAUAUAAAAAGCACGAGAUUGUCAUCUCUGCAAUGUGGAAUCCAUUGUAAUCACCAGCCAUACCGAGCUGCUUGAUGUAUGACCUUAGUCACCUUUGGCCUGAUCCGUUGAAUGGCCUUUCGAGCCUCAACCAGUCAAACGUGCAAGUGGCUUGGUCAACCGGACAUCUCCUGGCCCGUAUCCUCCUUUCGGCGCGUCCACGAUGAAGAGCGUGCCGCUAAGGAAGGUAUGUGGGAAUCCGGGGUCAAAAGUAUAAGCCGACUCGGUCUUCUCAAUCUCAUCAUCUGACAGCGUAAUUCCAAUCGCUGGAAUAACCCCCUUCAAAUGGACGACUUUCCUCGCACCAACAAUCGGAAACACAUACGGCGUCUUCUGCAAAACAUACGCCAGCGCAAUCUGCAACAACUCGACUCUAUUGGCACAUCCUCUAGCACCCUCGGAAGUUCGAAACGUUCUUAUCAUGUUCCGAGAGUGCAAUGAACUUCCUUCUAUGAUGUUCCUCCCUCUCUCUCUCCUUCUCCACCGUCUGGAACCGCCCCUGAUUCAAGACCCCAUACGGCGCCAACCACUCAUUUCUUGCCAUGGGAAUAAUACCCCGCUCAUGGUCCCUCAUACUCGCAUUUCACACCCCCCCGGUGCACAGUACACUUCCGAAGGCCAUGAUCCCGCGCGUAUUGGUUCGCCUUAACAAUAGCCCAGGCCGGUGUAUCCGGGUGCCUAGAUAUAUCACUUUCCCCGUAACAACGACAUCCUUAAGCCCGCGCGUCAGUUCCGGGAUCCCAAAAGCUCCCCUGACCUCAUUAACAGAGAACUGUUGGAUAAUGUACAAACUCUGUUUCAAUUGACGUCAAUAUUUGAUGACCAAGUUCCUAAAUGUAUCUGGUGGUAGACCCCACUGAGUCCGCUGGGUCAAAUGAUCAUUGGCUCGGGCGCACUCGGGUGUAAUGCUCGUUGAUGACAGCCCACCCAACCAAGCUCUUCUGCUGAACCUUGAUAGCUGGCACUCGCAAGAU